GCACUGUAUAACUGUUAUAUAACUGUUAUUUGGUGUUUACUGGGAGAUUUAAAAAUGCUGUAAAAAUCAGUGAAAAAAAUAUGUAUUAAAUAAUUGCAAAUUUCUUUAGAUUUGCAGUAGUGUCGUUUUUUAUAUUAAAUGUGUCAAUAAAAAUAAAAAUAUUAAAUUUCUAGCCGCACAUCCCUGGAUCUCGCAGUCAUUUUAUGCUGCGCACGCGCGAGAAAAGUUGUCUCCGAAAGUAACACUAAACUCGCGGAAAGCGCAAUUAAAAUCGAGUUAAGAGAAAAUUUUGCACAUCUCGAAUUUAAUUUACAAACACGAUACAGUCGUCUCUUGUUGACAAAUAAAAAAUUAUAAAAAGGAUUUAUAUUUUUUGUUUCAUCGAUUCGAUCAAUAAUAUUGGAUAAGCAUAUAAAUCUAACCACAAGAAAAAUUAUAUCUUGCAAAAAAAUUAUUUUGCAAAAAUUAAAAGGACGAUGACUAGUCGAUACAAAUUUCGCAAAUUGCUUUUACACAAAAGCUUAGGUAGUGUCGAAAGAUUUUUAUAAUCGCACUAAAAAGGUGUGCGCGACAGGAAGACUGCAUCUCGACACGCGGAUUUGUUAAUUACCAGCCACCUGACUUGUAAUGUACAAUAGGAUGGGUGUACGUACGCAGAGAAUAGUUUUAUGCGUGGCCGUGGUGAUUUGUGGCAUCAUCUAUUUAUGUGCAAAUCGACACAGGAACGAGAAGGACGUGUCCUUGAAGCAGCUUCUCGCCGCUGCUAUAAGAGCGGCAGAAAUUGGAGGAUCCGAAGUAGUGGCUGUGCACGAUCAGAUUAAAUUUAAAAUAGAGAGCAAAGGCCAAACCAGAGAAGGAGUCAAUGACCCAGUAACAGCGGCAGAUUACAGAUCUCAUUGUGCCAUGUAUCGUGCUUUAACGGAAUCAUUUCCAGGAAUUACUGUGAUAUCCGAGGAAACGUCACAGGAUUGUGACCAAAUUGUAGUAGAAAAUAUUAAGAAUUCUGUUAAAAGUAUCGAUGGUUAUAAUAUAAGCGAUGAUAUUGUGAACAUUAAUGAUAUUACAAUUUGGAUAGAUCCUCUUGAUGCUACCAAAGAGUUUACAGAGAAUUUACUUCAAUAUGUAUCUACUAUGGUAUGUAUAGCUGUGAAAGGACAACCAAUUAUUGGUGUUAUAUAUAAGCCAUUUGAAACAAGGCAGAAUUAUAGUUUGUUUUGGACAUGGACUAACCAUGGUGUAUCAAGAAAUUUGAAAAAUUUGCCCAAGACAAAGGAUAAUAAAACACCUGUUCUGAUUGUAUCUCUUUCACACGCUGGACAAGUUAAAAAUGCAUCUAAAGUUGCCUUUGGCAACAAUGUUGAAAUUAUUUCUGCUGCUGGUGCAGGAUAUAAGUUCUUGGAAGUAGCUGUUGACAAUGCAACAGCAUAUGUUCAUACAACUGCUAUCAAAAAAUGGGAUAUAUGUGCAGGCACAGCAAUUCUAAACGCUUUAGGAGGAACAGUGACACAAUUGUACGAUCAACAACCAAUCUAUUUUGGAGCUAACAAUGCCAAAGUACUUACAAAUGGUCUCUUAGCAACUAUGAGUGAUCAUGCAUGGUAUUCUGAAAAAUUUUUACAUGACUUUCCAUCUGAUUUUCAUAAAUUAAAAGUAAACUACACAUAAAACAAAAAUUAAGAGACUGUGUAUAUUAUUUA